AUUAAAAACUAAAGAUAAUAGAGAACUGUCUUGCUCCGUCGUCUCUCCGCCAGAAAAUGAACGCGUUAAAACUUCCUCCGUCACUCUAUCUCCGCUUCCCUCCACCACACUUCCCUCUGCCGCCGUUCUUCCGCCGCCACCAGCACCAUCUUCUUCUCCUUCAUACUCCACUCGUUUCCAGUCAUUCUUCCGCCUCUUCCACCACCGCACAACAACUGAAUUUCACCAAACAAGAAUAUGAAGAAUUAGAGGACGACCCAUACGACGUCGCUUCCCUCCCAAACUCUCACUACGACUUCACUCCCCUCCUCACCUUCCUCUCAUCCUCCCAGCAUAUCCCUACCUCUGAGCCCGACCCGCCAACCCGACUCGACACGGCGGAGCUCCAACUCGUGGAGUCAUACCGAGCCGUUCCGGCCCCUCUGUGGCAUUCCCUCAUAAAAUCCCUAUCCUUAUCCUCUUCUUCAAUAUCUGCCGCGUACUCUUUAGUCACCUGGCUUCAAAAACACAAUCUUUGCUUUUCAUAUGAACUUCUGUACUCCAUUCUCAUCCACGCGCUCGGACGCUCCGAGAAGCUCUACGAAGCUUUUCUUUUUUCACAGCGUCAGACACUAACCCCAUUGACAUAUAACGCGCUGAUUGGGGCUUGCGCGCGCAAUGGUGAUCUGGAAAAGGCCUUGAAUUUGAUGCUAAAAAUGAGGGGUGAUGGUUACCAGUCUGAUUUUGUGAACUAUAGUUUGAUUGUUCAGUCACUUAUAAGGAAUAAUUCUGUAGAUGCAGUGAUAAUGGAGAAAUUGUAUAAUGAAAUGGAGGCUGAUAUGAUUGAGUUAGAUGGGCAGUUGUUAAACGAUAUAAUUGUGGGGUUUGCUAAGGCUGGGGAUAUAAGCCGCGCAUUAUACUUUUUGGGAGCGAUUCAAGGGAAAGGGUUGAGUCCAAAGACAAGUACACUUGUGACGGUGGUGAAUGAGUUAGGGAAUAUGGGAAGGACUGAGGAGGCUGAGGCAGUUUUUGAAGAAUUGAAGGAGGGCGGUUUAAAACCUAGAUCAAGAGCUUAUAACGCGCUUUUGAGAGGGUACGUGAAGGUUGGUGCUUUAAAGGAUGCAGAAUAUGUUGUGUCAGAGAUGGAGGAGACAGGGGUUUUGCCCAAUGAGCAAACGUAUAGUUUGCUUAUUGAUGCAUAUUCAAAUGCCGGGAGGUGGGAGAGUGCUAGGAUUGUGUUGAAGGAGAUGGAAUUGAAUGAUGUGAAGCCGAAUUCUUAUGUUUUUAGCAGGAUCUUAGCAAGUUAUAGGGAUAGGGGAGAGUGGCAGAGAUCAUUUCAGGUCCUCAAGGAGAUGAAGAAUUGCAGGGUAAAUCCUGAUAGGCAGUUUUACAAUGUGAUGAUUGAUACAUUUGGGAAGUAUAAUUGUAUUGAUCAUAUGAUGGCUACAUUUGAGAGGAUGAAAGUGGAAGGGAUUGAACCAGAUACUGUGACGUGGAAUACGCUUAUAGAUUGCCAUUGCAAACAAGGGCACCAUAAUCGGGCGGAGGAAUUGUUUGAGGAAAUGCAGGAAAGUGGUUGUUUGCCUUGCACCACGACAUACAAUAUAAUGAUAAAUUCUUUUGGAGAGCAACAGCGGUGGAAUGAUGUGAAGGAAUUGUUGGGAAAGAUGCGGAGUCAGGGACUAUUACCCAAUGUUGUCACUUACACGACUCUCAUUAAUAUAUAUGGAAAGUCUGGGAGAUUUAGUGAUGCAAUUGAGUGCCUGGAGGUGAUGAAAUCUGCCGGGUUGAAACCAUCCUCCACCAUGUAUAAUGCACUAAUUAAUGCCUAUGCACAGAGGGGAUUAUCAGAGCAAGCAGUAAAUGCAUUUAGAGUGAUGAGAGGAGAUGGUCUUAAACCUAGCUUAUUAGCUCUCAAUUCAUUGAUCAAUGCAUUCGGCGAGGACAGGAGGGAUGCUGAAGCCUUUGCUGUGUUGGAGUACAUGAACGAAAAUGACCUGAAGCCAGAUGUUGUUACCUACACCACACUCAUGAAAGCAUUAAUUCGAGUUGAGAAGUUUGAGAAGGUUCCUGGUGUUUAUGAAGAAAUGCUUCUUUCUGGAUGCACUCCGGAUAGAAAAGCAAGAGCAAUGUUAAGAUCUGCUCUCAGAUACAUGAUGUCAACACUGCAAUCGUAGUUGUUUCGUGUUUAGUCGUCUGGCCAAAUCAAACUGCGGGAUUAAUGGCAUAUUGGCAUAUAUCACUUGAAUACUUUACAUGAGGUUUGUUCGUAAUUUAUGAUUUAUAUUCUACUUCAACUGUGAUAUAAAACGAAAUCCAAGACAUUUGAUUCUAGAAGUUGGGGAAUGAAGCCAAAAUGAGUUCUCAUCUUCACCAAAAGAAAGAUUUUGGAAGUGUUUCAGGAAUUGUUGUGCGUGUCAGCAAAUUACCAUUUUUGGAUGAAACUGCUGCAUUUUGCUUAUAUUUUGAACAUGAAGACAUCAAAGAGACCAAGAAUCCCAUGUAAGAAAUCUUGAAAAGGAGAAGAAUCUACGACAAUAGCACUCUCAUGCAAUUCCCUAUUUUGCGUAUACAGAUUAGACUGUCAUCUAACCUCAAUAAAAUAAACUAAAGGGAAAUUAGGCCUACUACCCUUAGAAAAUAAAAUAUUAGAUUAAUACCCUCAAAAAUGAUUAGAA